UGAAGUGAGCGUUACUAGUGCUAAGAGUAGCAGUGAAGUUUGAAGACAAAGAUGUACGGAGACUUGGAUUUAAAUGAUACGGAUAAAGAUCAUUCAGAUAGGAAGAGUUCAGCUAAAAGAUUUCGUUGUAGAUUUUGUAACAGAAGCUUUUCUAAAUCACAGGCUCUUGGAGGCCAUAUGAAUGGCCAUCGUCAAGAAAGAGAUGAUGAGAAGUAUAGUAAGGCAAAGGUUCUUAUGGAACAGAAAUAUGGAAGCAGUCUUCUCAAUAUGAGGAUGCCAGGACAAAGCAUACAAAGCAACAACUAUGUAGCACCACAAAGUUAUUCAGCAAUCCCAGGAGGAGUGCAGGCACAUUCUGAAUUAUUUAGUCCAUCUCAGGUUCAAAUUGGCUGUUCAACUUCAAUCCCAACAUAUUCAAACCAGAAUGUAGGUGGAGGAAUUUCAAGAGUUGGACCAUCUUUGAACCAGAAAGGGCAACAACAAAAGCAACAGCAAGUGUUUGAUCAAAAGGUAGCAGGUCAAUACAGAAACUCUCCUCCUAUUCCAUCUCACCCUAAUUGUCAUAGUCCAUCUCAGAAUCAAAUUGGCCCUUCAACUUCAGUCCCAACAUAUUCAAACCAGAAUUUAGGUGGAGGAAUUUCAAGAGUUGGACCAUCUUUGAACCAGAAAGUGCAACUGCAACAGCAACAGCAACAGCAAGUGUUUGAUCAAAAGUUAGCAGAUCAAUACAGAAACUCUCAUUCAAUUCCAUCGUACCUUAACUGUCAAAUAAGAGGAGGAGCAUCUCACCCAUAUCUUCCUUACCAAACUUCCAUGGACAACAAUCUACAAAUAGGAGGAGAACCUCUUCUUAACAAUUUAGGAGCAAGAGGAGCUUCUCUUCCCAUAAACAGCAAUUUACAGAUAAAAGAGCCCUCUUUACCAACUUUACAAGGAAGAGAUCCAAAUUUUGUUGUGAAUGGACAAGCAGCACCACAGCCAUCUGAGCAACAGCAACAGUUUUUCAAUGUGCUUCCUUCUCCUCUUUCUUCAUGGAAAGUUGAAAAUCCAUCUUUGUAAACAAAUAGGUGUUUCUUUUUCUGUCAAACAUUCUUUAUGUUAGAACUUCUAGAGUUAUUAUUGU